UGGCAGGAAAAUGCAAUGUCCUCUAAAGUUAGAACAUUCUGCCCUUAUAUUUAGGCUACAACUUAAAAAGCACACCUUGACUACUUCAGCCGCAACAACUGUAGGGAAAAGCAUCAGCGCGACAUGAGCGCCUCUGUGGCCGUAUACAGGGACAUCUACACGGAGGACCGCUUCAAGCAGGCCUAUGGCUCCGAGGAAGACGCGCCUGCAGGUCUGAGGCUGCGGGAGAAACUGGCCGGGAAGUGCAGGUGUUCAAGGCGAGCCUGGCUGAGUUUGCUCGGGGAGAGAGUCCCGCUUAUCAGCUGGCUACCGAGCUACAGGUUGAGGAAAUGGAUUUUAGGAGACGCUAUUGCUGGACUGACUGUUGGUAUUCUUCACAUCCCCCAAGGUAUGGCCUUUGCUUUGCUAACAUCAGUGGCUCCAAUUUAUGGCCUCUACACUUCCUUCUUCCCAGUAGUCCUGUAUAUGAUUUUUGGUACUGGCCGCCAUGUAUCAACAGGUACCUUUGCUGUUAUUAGUCUGAUGACCGGUUCUGUGGUGGAGCAGCUGGUUCCAACUCCGCUUGCCUUCAACUCAAGCUCACCUGAAGCAGCAGAGUUUGAGGCUCAGCGGAUUGGAGUAGCUUCAGCCAUAGCACUACUAUCAGGAAUCAUCAUGCUCUGCAUGUUUGGACUUCAGCUUGGCUUCCUCUCCACCUAUCUGUCAGAGCCGAUAGUGAAGGCUUUCACCAGUGCCGCUGCCUUCCAUGUCACAGUCUCACAGCUCCAAAGCAUGCUCGGCCUGAGACUCCCUCGCCACACUGGGACCUUCUCUCUCUUCAAGACGUUGGCCUUAGUGAUGGAGAACCUGUCCCACACAAACAUGGCUGAGCUGCUGAUCUCUGUGGUCUGUCUGGCUGUACUGGUACCAGUUAAGGAGGUCAACACGCGUUACCGGCACCGUCUGCGCACACCCAUCCCUGUAGAAAUCCUCAUGGUGAUUAUCGCUACAUGCGUGACCUAUUUUUCAUCGCUAGAUUCCAGUUACAACAUUGAGAUAGUUGGCCAUAUCCCUGCAGGAUUCCCAAAGCCACAGUUGCCUGCGUUCCACACUUUCCCUGCGAUUGCUGGAGACACAAUUGCCAUAACAUUUGUUGGAUAUGCUGUAUCUGUUUCACUAGCAAUGAUUUAUGCUGACAAACAUGGAUAUUCCAUACAUCCCAACCAGGAGCUGCUAGCUCAUGGGAUCUCCAACACUGUGUCCUCCUUCUUCACUUGUUUCCCCAGCUCAGCCACUCUGGCUACCACCAACAUACUGGAGAGCGCUGGAGGACACACACAGCUCUCAGGCUUCUUCACCAGUCUGGUUGUCUUGAUUGUCCUGCUGCUGAUCGGACCCCUGUUCUACUCUUUACCCAAGGCAGUGCUGGCAUGCAUCAAUGUUACAAGCCUCAGGCAAAUGUUUUUGCAGUUCCAAGACUUACCCGAGCUGUGGAGAGUCAGCAAGCUUGAUUUUAUGGUUUGGGUUGUAACCUGGCUGUCUGUGGUGGUGUUGAAUGUGGACCUUGGAUUGGCUAUCGGCGUGGUUUUCUCUAUGAUGACUGUGAUCUGUCGAACACAAAGGGCUGAAUGCUCAGUCCUUGGGCAGGCAAGCAAUACAGAAAUAUACAGACCUCUGGAGAAUCACAGCAAGUGCUAUGAAGUACCGGGAGUGAAGAUCCUGAUGUACAAUGGGCCAAUUUACUAUGGGAAUCGCAGCUUUUUCAGGGAGAAAAUGAGCAGAGUUUUGGGUCUGACGCCAGAAAAGAUCCGCAGUCGGGAAAAGGCCAGAAAAGCUUUAGAAAAGCGGGAGAGAGAGGCCUCUGUCAACACUGUGGAGAGGGGAGUUGCAAACACAUCAUUUUCCUCAGUAAAUGAGUUCUUUGAAACAGCAGAAACAUCAGAAAAAGAUGUCCAGGCUGUUUUGAUUGACUGCAGCGGAGUGAUAUUUGUUGAUGUUGCUGGAGCGAGACUCUUCACACAGAUGUGCACAGAGUGCCACAAAAUUGGAAUUCACGUUUAUUUGGCAACUUGCAAUGAGAGUGUUUUAAAGAUCCUGACAUCUAGUGGCCUGAUGAGACACAUGAAUCCUCAACAUAUUUUUGUUACCGUUCAUGAUGCUGUCAUGUACAUUCAGCAGCAGAGGGUAAAAAUUCAUCAUGAAUAUAUGUGUAUCACCAAGUAUAUAUACAUCUACACUGCCAAUGGUAUUUGCUCACCAAUCUAGAUUAUUGGAACCAGAUGUCCCAAUCGCUUCAAUGGCAACAGGUAUAGAAAAUAAGCUCCUAGACAUGCAGAUUGUUGCUACAAACAUUACUGAAAGACUGGGUCACUCCCAGGAGUUCAAUGAAUAUUAGUGUAGAUGCAACAAAUCCAGUCAUGAAAUUCCCUCGAUCCUAAAUAUUCUACAGUUAACUGUCAGCUAUAUCUUAAGAAAAUGGAAGUGUUUGGGGAAGACAGCAACUCAGCCAUUUAAGCUGUGGGAGCGAGGUCAGCAGAAGCUGAAACACAUAGUGUGAGGAUGUUGCCAACCAUUUGCUGAGUCGAUCCUACACACCUACAAACUUCAUGUGGCCUUUAGAACAGUGAGCAUAGAGCUUCAUGGAAUGAAUUCCCAUGAUCCAGCAGCUGCAUCCAAGCUAUACUGUACAUGCCUUGCAUGCGCAGUGAAAUGCAAAGCAUCAGAUGCAGUGAUGUAAAGCACGUCACUACUGGACACCAGAGCAGUAAAGAAAACGUUCUCUGGAUUGACGAAUCCUGCUUCUCCAUCUUGAAAUCUGGCAGAUUUCUGUUCCUGUGGUACUACAUUGUGCCAAGUAUAAAGUUUGGUGGAGGGGCAAUUAUGCUGUAGUUUUUUUUUUAAGAGCUAGGCUUGGCCCCUUAAGCCUCUUCCCCAAUGAAAAUACUGGGAUAACCCAUUUCAAACAUGGGUCGACGCGUCACCAAUCGGCAUUUGGCUCCCUUCUCAUUGGCAAAAAAUCUGGGUCUAACCCCCCCCUUUAUGUGGGCUCUGUCCCUCCACAGCUGGGUUGCUAAUGACACCAUCAAGCCGGGUUAGCAUUGAUGAUGUCACCAGUGCGACAGAAAUCAGGAAAGUAAAUACUGGAAAGCAACAUGUAAGGAAGCCAGGCUGAAGUAAGUAUGCUUUAUCGUUUCGCUCUUUUAUCUGUCCGAAUCCCUCUCACCAGUGUUCCGCCAUGUAAGCAGAUUUGUUUCGGCUUGCUGGAUCAGAAGCUACUGGCAUAGUGUGUUGACGUUUGUACGUUGUGGUAUAAUUUAGCGGGUCAACACAGCUCUGGUGUUCCCACAGCAUGCCGAUCAGAGCCGAGGCGAUUUUAACGUGGGUCGCUUGCCGAGG